AUGCGGUGUUUGUCUUAUGUGGAGUUAUUCGUAUGGCGUGAAUUUUGGGGGAUUUGUUAGGUGGUGUGUUGAUGUUGAUUAUUUUCUACAAAACCAUGUUUUGAAUAAACAUCAGAAGAAUUGGUUGGGAUAGGAAGUAAAUUGAAAGCCAAGACUGAGGAAAUGGAAAUGGGUUAAGUUUAACUUUGAUGAAUGCUCUCUCUCAGUGUCACCGUGAAAUUUUGACUAGAUGGACCGCCGUAGUUGGCUUUGGCGACGAAAGUCUUCGGAGAAAAGUCCCGGUGAAACAGAGAGUUCUGGCUCCAUUUCGUCCCUUUCUGAAAGAUUCUCUGAUGAUCAGGCUUUUCCAACUCAUAUUUCUCACUCUCCAGAAGUCACAUCGAAAGGUUUGCCUGCGGAUGAAGAAGUGACUGAUAAUGUGAGGAGUCUGACUGACAAACUCUCUGCUGCUCUUCUGAACAUUAGUGCCAAGGAAGACUUGGUAAACCAACAUGCCAAAGUUGCAGAAGAAGCUGUUUCAGGGUGGGAGAAGGCUCAAAGGGAAGUGUCGAGUUUAAAGCAACAACUUGAGGCUGCUGCUCAGAAGAAUUCAGCACUUGAAGAUCGAGCUGCUCAUCUUGAUGGAGCACUCAAGGAAUGUGUUAGACAGCUCAGGCAAGCAAGAGAUGAACAACAGCAGAGGAUCCAAGAAGCUGUUGCCGAGAAAACUCGCAAGUGGGAAUCAGAAAAGUCUGAUCUUCAGAAACAGCUCUUUGAUCUACAGAAACAACUUGAAAAUGCCAAAGGUGAGGCUGUCGUCUCAGUUGAUAUUGAUCUUUUCUCGAAGCUUGAGGCUAUAGAGAAAGAGAAUUCAUCUCUUAAACUUGAGCUCCUUUCUCGUGUUGAAGAGCUAGAACUUAGGAUUAUUGAGAGAGAUCUAAGCACCAAAGCAGCUGAAACAGCCAGCAAGCAACAUUUGGAGAGCAUUAAGAAGUUAGCUAAGGUUGAAGCUGAAUGCCGAAGGUUAAAAGCUGUGGCUCAUAAAGCAAUCACUAUGAGUGAUCAAAAGUCUUUCACUGCCUCCUCAGUUGGUGUUGAAUCUAUCAUAGAUAGUCAGUCAGACAGUGGGGACAGGCUACUAGCAGUUGAAACCGAUACACAUAAGAUGAGUGGCUUGGAGACAAAUGAAUGUGGGACAAGCCAUACUGACUCAUGGGCAUCUGCUUUAAUCCCAGCAAUUGAUAAAUUUAAGAAUGAGAAGGCGCUGAGCAGAAAAUUCAUGGUCCCGUCUAUGCAAAUUAAUCUCAUGGAUGAUUUUCUGGAAAUGGAAAGGCUAGCAGCUUUGCCUGAUACUGAAAGUAGAAAUAUUUGCCUGGAUGCCGAACCAGUAUCAAAACAACUCAGUGCUGGUGAGAGCUCACUAAAAGCUGAACUUGAAGCCAUGAUUCACCAGACUGCUGAGCUUGAAGAAAAGUUGGAAAAGAUGGAAGCAGAAAAAAUGGAAUUAGAGAUGGCUUUGACUGAAUCCGAGAAGCAGUUUGAGAGAAAUAAAAAUCAACUGAGGGAGGGUGAGGUAAGGCUGGUGGAGCUGCAAACUCAAUUAGCUCUUGCAAACAAAUCAAAGCAAGCCAUGGAAGUAGAAAUAAUGGCUGCAAAUGCAGCAAAAGAAAUGUCAGAGUCUCAACUCAGAGUUGUUGAAGCAGAGAUGAAAACUCAUUUAGCUCUUGCAAACAAAUCAAAGCAAGCUUUGGAGGAAGAAAUGAAAGCUGCAAAAGCAAGAAAAGAAGUGGCAGAGUCACGACUUAGAGAUGUUGAAGCAGAGAUGAAAACUUUGCAUUCAAGAGUUGCUUCCUUAGAAGAAGAAGUUGAAAAGGAGCGUACCCUGUCAGAUGAAAAAUUAUCCAAUUUUCAGAAAACCCAGGAUGAGCUAAUAAAAAUGAAAAAUGAAGCCAAGCUCCAGCAUUCUGCUAGCUCUAAAAUAGAUUUGAAGAUCUUACAGGAGAAAGAGCUAGGAGUGGCUGCCAAUAAAUUUGCGGAGUGCCAGAAAACAAUUGCUUCUCUUAGCCGGCAGUUGAGAUCUCUUGCUACACUGGAAGAUUUCCUUGACUCAGAUACGUCAUUGGAGUUUACAGGUGAAGUUGAAAAUGGAGGGAAGUCAUGGAGUUCGCAUUUGUCAAAUAGAGCUGACCUUCCAAUCUCUUUCAAAGGUCAAUGACAUGGAAUCAACAAUAGAUCUAAACCCAGUUUUGAGAAUGUGAGGUGCUGUUGGAUUAAGAAUGGGAAAUGGAAUGAGUCCUUAUGAGGA